GACAAGGAAACAAAGUCAUCGACUCUUACUCCACUUCACUCCACCUUGCUUUCAUUCCACUUUCGCUUCUCUCAUUACUUCCUUCGCCGUUUUUUCAUCCUCUCUCUUUCUCGCUUUUUUCCUUCUACUGCCAUUCGUCACUCUCAUACCCAGUACUUCAGCACCUAUUCUUCUCGACACAUACUUCAAAAAUCAGCCAUGGACGUUGCUGGAGGCUCUGAACUGUUCGAAAGCUACGAGCAGGACUUUGAGGCUAUCAAGGUCUCCAUUAAUGAGCGCCUCACUGCCUCUGGGGGCCAAACUGGAGAGGUCAAGAAGCAGACCCUUCGCGCUGCAGACCGAGAGAUCGAUGAGGCGAACGGAAUUUUACAACAAAUGGAGAUGGAACUCCUGAACCUCCCACAAAGCUCUAAGACACGUUUGCAGGCCAGGCAUCGCGGAUACAGGGCAGAGCUCGAUCGUGUGAAGCAAACCCUUAAACGCGCACAAUCAACAUCGCGAUCGACUGCAGAUAGGGAUGAGCUGUUGGGAGGUUCGAGCGGAGGAUUUGACCUGGACGCAGCUUCGAUGGAUCAACGCACACGACUCUUGAAUGGCACGGAUCGACUGGCUGAAAGCAGCAGGCGCUUGCAAGACAGCCACAAGAUUGCGCUUGAAACAGAGUCUCUGGGAGCAGGAAUUUUGACCGACUUGAGAGGUCAGCGGGAGCAGAUCAUCAACACCAGAAACACUCUCCUGGAGGCUGAUUCGAACAUCGACAAGGCAUCACGCACCCUGAAGGGGAUGGCUCGUCGCAUGGCAACAAACAAGCUGAUCACGGCGUCGAUCAUUAUCGUCCUAGUGUUCUUGAUCCUGUUUGUUCUCUACCGCAAGAUCUUUUAGUGCCCCUCCCCCUAAUUGAUAGAUUCCCAUACCUUACCUAUUACCCAUCAGAUAGCCAUGGCAAUGCAUCGCUUUCUUCUUCAAGGCGCAGUAGAUGCUACUGCGAGAAAUUAAAUGAAACUGUACAUUCAGUGGCUAGUGAUCCGUGUCCACCACUGGCAUCGAUGACAUCCUAGAUUCUCAUUCGGAUAAACCCACAAAACUGUUCGAGAAAGUCUCCCCUAAUCCUUUGC